AUGACUGCAAUCAAGCAUGCUUUACAGAGGGAUAUUUUCACUCCCAACGAUGAACGCCUGCUGAGCAUCGUGAACGUCUGCAAAGCAGGCAAAAAGAAGAGAAACUGUUUUUUGUGUGCCACAGUGACAACAGAAAGACCAGUGCAAGUGAAUGUGGUGAAAGUGAAGAAGUCUGACAAGGGAGAUUUCUACAAAAGGCAGACUGCGUGGGCACUGCGAGACUUGGCUGUUGUGGAUGCCAAAGAUGCUGUUAAAGAGAGUCCUGACUUUGACCUGCACUUUGACAAAGUGUACAAAUGGGUUGCAAGCAGCACAGUGGAGAAGAACACCUUCAUUUCAUGUAUCUGGAAACUCAACCAGAGGUAUCUUAGGAAGAAAAUUGACUUUAUCAAUGUCAGUUCACAGCUUUUGGAAGAAUCUGUUCCAAGUGGAGAGAAUCAAAGUGUGGCAGGAGGUGAUGAAGAAGCUGUGGAUGAAUACCAGGAGUUAAAUGCAAGAGAGGAACAGGAUAUUGAAAUAAUGAUGGAAGGGUGUGAAUAUGCCAUUUCUAAUGCUGAAGCCUUUGCAGAGAAGUUGUCAAGAGAGCUCCAAGUGCUGGAUGGGGCAAAUAUCCAGUCCAUUAUGGCCUCAGAGAAGCAGGUGAAUAUCUUGAUGAAGUUGCUGGAUGAAGCUCUAAAGGAGGUUGACCAAAUUGAGCUGAAGCUGAGCAGUUAUGAAGAAAUGCUUCAGAGUGUGAAAGAGCAAAUGGACCAAAUUUCAGAAAGCAACCACCUAAUCCAUCUCAGCAACACAAACAAUGUGAAGCUGCUGUCAGAGAUAGAGUUCUUGGUGAAUCACAUGGAUUUGGCUAAGGGUCAUAUAAAGGCCCUCCAGGAGGGAGAUCUGACAUCUUCUCGAGGCAUUGAGGCCUGCACUAAUGCAGCAGAUGCCCUUCUGCAGUGCAUGAAUGUAGCUCUUCGACCAGGCCACGAGAUGCUGCAUGCAGUGAAGCAGCAGCAGCAGCGCUUCAGUGACCUGCGGGAGCAGUUUGCCCGGAGACUCGCCAGUCACCUCAACAGCGUCUUUGUGCAGCAGGGUCACGACCAGAGCUCAACCCUUGUCCAGCACUCAGUUGAACUGACACUACCCAACCACCACCCAUUUCACAGAGAUUUGCUUCGCUAUGCUAAGCUGAUGGAGUGGCUCAAGAACACAGACUAUGCCAAAUAUGAAGGGCUAACCAAGAACUACAUGGAUUAUUUGUCAAGACUCUAUGAAAGGGAAAUAAAAGAUUUCUUUGAAGUUGCCAAGAUCAAGAUGACAGGCACAACCAGAGAAGGAAAAAAGUUUGCUACACUGCCUCGAAAAGAAAGUGCUGUCAAACAGGAGACUGAGAGUCUUCAUGGCAGCUCUGGCAAGCUGACUGGGUCCACUUCUAGCCUAAACAAACUCUCAGUGCAGAGCUCAGGAAACCGCAGGUCUCAGUCAUCCUCCCUGCUGGAUAUGGGAAACAUGUCUGCCUCUGACCUUGACGUGGCUGACAGGACAAAAUUUGAUAAGAUUUUUGAGCAAGUACUGAGUGAGCUGGAGCCUCUGUGUCUGGCAGAACAGGACUUCAUUAGCAAAUUCUUCAAACUCCAGCAACAUCAGAGCAUCUCAGGAACAGCCACGAGUGAAGCAGAGGAUACAGAUGGAGGAACUUCAUCUCGUUUACACACCCCUGGUGUUCCACAGCCCCUAUCAUCGGAGAAGGACAUGAUCCGACAAAUGAUGACCAAAAUCUUCCGCUGCAUCGAGCCCGAGCUGAACAACCUAAUAGCCCUGGGGGACAAGAUUGACAGCUUCAACUCCCUCUACAUGCUGGUCAAGAUGAGCCACCACGUGUGGACAGCACAGAAUGUGGACCCAGCUUCCUUCCUCAGCACCACUCUUGGGAAUGUUUUGGUGACUGUCAAGAGGAACUUUGAUAAAUGCAUUAGCAAUCAGAUGAAGCAGAUGGAUGAAGUGAAGAUCUCCAAGAAGAGUAAAGUUGGGAUCCUUCCAUUUGUUGCUGAAUUUGAGGAGUUUGCAGCCCUUGCUGAAUCCAUUUUCAAGAACGCAGAGCGCCGAGGAGACCUGGACAAAGCCUACAUAAAACUGAUCCGAGCUGUGUUUGUCAGUGUUGAGAAAGUAGCAAAUGAAAGCCAGAAGACCCCCAGGGAUGUGGUGAUGAUGGAGAACUUUCAUCAUAUUUUUGCAACUCUUUCUCGCUUGAAAAUCUCUUGUCUGGAGGCUGAGAAAAAGGAAGCCAAGCAGAAGUACACAGAUCACCUGCAGUCUUAUGUCAUCUAUUCACUUGGGCAGCCUCUUGAGAAACUAAAUCACUUUUUUGAAGGUGUUGAAGCUCGUGUGGCACAAGGGGUAAGAGAGGAGGAAGUGAGCUACCAGCUGGCCUUCAACAAACAGGAGCUUCGCAAGGUUAUCAAGGAGUAUCCUGGGAAGGAGGUGAAGAAGGGACUGGAUAACCUCUACAAGAAGGUGGAUAAACAUCUCUGUGAGGAGGAAAACCUCCUGCAGGUGGUGUGGCACUCGAUGCAGGACGAGUUCAUCCGGCAGUACAAGCACUUCGAGGGGCUGAUCGCUCGCUGCUACCCCGGCUCAGGCAUCACCAUGGAGUUCACCAUACAGGACAUCCUGGACUACUGCUCCAGCAUUGCACAGUCUCAUUAAGCUGUAGCAAGGGAAGCUGUGGCUGUGUGUGAGGCAGUCAGACACUAGGACUGCUCUUUGCUGGUGACAGGUGGGUGUCCCUGUGUGUGUUAGCUGCCACUCCUGCUUCCAGUGGCUUUCUGGGCAGAACAAAGCUGGGGGGGGGGGCUGUUGCUCUUGCACUGGGUUGAAGGACUGUUUGCAAGCAUUAAUGAUGUGACUUUGGAGAUGUUUCUUCCCUUCCUUUAAUGUUCAGUUCCUUUUAUUUAUAACCCUUCUCUUGCCCAAAGCAGUAAGCACUACCCCAGAGGCUGAAGAAAGGCUUCCACUGUCUUCACUGAGAUAGAUUUGGCCUCUUGGACAUUCCAUAAGCAUUUAACACUCAAGUCUGCUCCUUGCUCUAGGAAGUAUGGAUGUGGAACUUCCUGCAGUGGGAACACUGAACUCAUGUUCUCAGACAUAAUGUAGCUCUGGCUGUGAUUGUUAA